AUGGUAGAGAGCGGAGUUCAGCUGACACUGACCUCCACUUUGAAGAGCACAGGCAAGACAAGGAUCAGUGCAGACGGGCUGAAUAAUGGAUCACAUACUACCAAAGAGAAGCAUGAACAUAAUGGCACUUUACAACCAUCAAAAGGCCAGAAGCAGCAGCUGUGCACAACAUGUGCAAAAAGGCAUACUUGUCAAUCGGUCAUUAAUCGAACAAGACAAAUGCAAGCUCUAAUGGACUCAAAGAAGCCCUACCAAGCACACUCUGUAUUCAAGCACUUAAUGGAUGAGGGACACAAGCCUUCAUUGGUCACAUACACAAUUCUACUGACCGCCCUGACAAACCAGGGGAUGUUUGAGUCAAUUCCAUCACUACUUGCUCAAGUUGAACUAGCUGGAAUUAGGCCAGACUCUGUCUUCUUCAAUGCCUUGAUAAAUGCGUUUGUUGAGGCAAAUCGGAUGGGUGAAGCAAUAAACACAUUCUGGAAAAUGAAGCAUUCUGGCUGCCACCCAACUACAAGCACCUUCAACACACUGAUAAAAGGAUAUGGCAUUGUAGGCAAACCUGAAGAUUCACAGCGCGUCUUCGACAUGAUGGUCAUUGAAGGAUCAGUCAGACCUAACCUCACAACAUACAACAUUCUUGUGAAGGCAUGGUGUGAUCGGAGAAAUCUUGAGGAGGCCUGGGGCGUUGUGGGCAAGAUGCGAGCAGGUGGUGUUGAGCCUGAUAUCGUCACUUACAAUACCAUAGCCAGUGCAUAUGCCAAUAAUGAAGAGACAUGGAGAGCAGAAGAGCUCAUUGUGGAGAUUCAGACUAGAGUACGCACCAGUGAGCGAACAUGGGGCAUAAUUAUUGGUGGUUAUUGCCGGGAGGGCAGGUUGGAGGAAGCAUUGCGAUGCGUCCAGCAAAUGAAGGAUGCAGGAAUUGUUCCUAACGUCGUCAUCUUCAACACACUGCUGAAGGGCUUCCUUGAUGCAAAUGACAUGGCUGCAGUCAAUAAUAUCCUGGGUCUGAUGGAGCAGUUUGGCAUCAAGCCUGACAUUGUCACCUACAGUCACCAGCUGAACACAUUCAGCUCGCUAGGCCACAUGGCUAAAUGCAUGAAGGUGUUUGACAAAAUGAUCGAGGCAGGAAUCGAGCCAGAUCCUCAGGUAUACAGCAUUCUUGCCAAAGGAUUUGUCCGUGCUAAGCAGCCUGAGAAAGCAGAAGAUCUUCUGUUGCAAAUGAGCCAUCUUGGUGUCUGCCCUAAUGUCGUCACCUUCACCACUGUCAUUAGCGGGUGGUGCAGCGUGGCCGACAUGGAGAGUGCCAUGAGAGUCUAUGAGAAGAUGUGCAAGUCAGGCGUCUAUCCCAAUCUCAGGACAUUUGAGACUCUGAUCUGGGGCUACAGUGAACAGAAGCAGCCAUGGAAAGCUGAGGAAGUCCUUCAGAUGAUGCGGGAGACUGGUGUCAAGCCGAAACAAAGCACCUACUGUCUCAUUGCUGAUGCAUGGAAAGCUGUUGGUUUGAUUGAGAACAUGAACAACUCAAAUGGUUCCCCCAAUGGUCCUUUUGGAAUUGACAAAUUGGAUCAUUCAGAUGACAAUUGCAACGUUCAAAUAUCAGAAGACAAUAACAAGCUGCAAAGUUUUGAUGAAAGUAAUGGACGUGCAAUGAAUGGUCGGUCACGUUCCAGUUUUCUUCAGAUAACAAAUGCACUAGGCAGCAGUGGUAUAGUUUCUGCCAAGGUCCUGAAGGCUGGAGAAUUUCCAUCCAAAAGACUGAAGGCUAUCAAAACCACAUCCUUUCUACAAAGAUCAGAACGAUUUCAAUUGUUGCACCUCGAGUUUUGUAGGAAGCAGCUUCAGAAGAAUGGUCAGAAAUUGUUUGGUGUAGCAGGGAGCCCAGCAUAUGUGGCACCUGAAGUUCUUUCUGGAAGCUAUUCUGAGAAAGUUGAUAUUUGGGGUGCUGGUGUGCUACUACACGUACUACUACUCGGUUCACUUCCAUUUCAAGGUGUCUCUCUGGAUGCCGUUUUUGAGUCCAUAAAGACUGUUGAAUUUGAUUUUAGCAGCAGCCCAUGGGAAUCAAUAUCAGUUCUUGGACGGGAUCUUAUUGGCCGAAUGUUGAAUCGAGAUGUCUCUUCUAGAAUGACUGCUGAUGAAGUUCUCAGUAGGUCACCCAUGGGUCAUGUUUUACACAGAAUGCCCCCUGAAGGUGGUAGCUGCUAA